AUGCACCCGCUUAAUGCGCUGUACCUUGCCGAGCCUGAGAUCCGGCCAACCCGCGAACAGAGGGUUCCACAGCGGCAACCCCACUUGGUCCACCUGUCACAGCGACGACCCCAAUGUCCCACAUCUGCCCAUCAUGUAUCGAUACCUCCAUCCGAACGUCCCGACGUAUCCCGCCAUCCACCAACCCCAGCAAACUUCAGCCCGCCACUGCCCACACAGAUCACUGCCCUCGAUAACGGAGCGAUAGGACGGAGCGGCGAGGGUCCUUUUGCCAUGCAUCCAUUCUUCCGGAAGGCCUGGCUUUUCUUAGACCCGAGACUUUGUGUAGCGUCGAGAGCCUUCCUUCAGUUCGGGACAUAUGGGAGGGAUCUCAAGCAUCAUCUUACAGAUCUUGUUCAUCAUUGGGCCAUGCCCCGAGUGCUUACCCCGAGCACGCCGACGUACCUGCGUUUUAUCCCGUUGUGCCCGUACGUAGAUCCGUGGCUCCGUGCUUCUCCAGGUUUUGGGGGUUCAAAGAUUCUUCAUUCAGCUUCCCAUGGCUCCACCGUGAGGAUGCCUGUCGAGGUCCACGGGGAGCCGGCAGUGCCGGUCUGGAAUCUCCGGUUGAUAACAACGCCUCGCCGCAGGUCUGCCGUAUCAGUCGGAUCAACUGGAACAUUUGGAACAGCAUCCUACAAAGUCACAUACUGGUCCAAUGCCAUCUUGAAGGCAGGGCCGGCACCUUUUUCUGGAAUAUCUGCUCAGCCUUUUGAAUUACGGGUGUCAGAGGAAGUCCCGGUUCCGUUGCCGAGAAGGUGUCCCUCUGCUUUAGUAGACGGACGCACCAGGUACUAUCAAGACAUGAGGUGA